AUGGUCGCAGCAGCUGAGUAUCCGCAAGCAAUGGUCGCAGCAGCUGAGUAUCCGCAAGCAAUGGUCGCAGCAGCUGAGUAUCCGCAAGCAAUGGUCGCAGCAGCUGAGUAUCCGCAAGCAAUGGUCGCAGCAGCUAGCAGAGACUGUUCGCAGAGACUGUUCGGCAGAGACUGUUCGGCAGAGACUGUUCGGCAGAGACUGUUCGGCAGACUGUUCGGCAGAGACUGUUCGGCAGAGACUGUUCGGCAGAGACUGUUCGGCAGAGACUGUUCGGCAGAGACUGUUCGGCAGAGACUGCUCGGCAGAGACUGCUCGGCAGAGACUGCUCGGCAGAGACUGCUCGGCAGAGACUGCUCGGCAGAGACUGCUCGGCAGAGACUGCUCGGCAGAGACUGCUCGGCAGAGACUGCUCGGCAGAGACUGCUCGGCAGAGACUGCUCGGCAGAGACUGCUCGGCAGAGACUGCUCGGAUGA